AUAAUUCGCUGCAUUCUUGAGCAUGUUUAUUUUACAGCGCGUUUGCUGGUUACCACAUGUGCAGCGCUAUUUGCGGCACUACGCAAAGAAAUCUAAAUUACCCGUCAUGGCUAGCAACAAACGUAUGGUGCACCAGGAAAUGCUGCGUUAUGUAAAUCCCUUUGCUCGCAUUAAUGUGGAUUCGGAGAUCUUUCUUCAGGUUCAACCAGCAGACGUGCACCAAUACACCAGCGGCGAUGUAUUUAUAGCACAGCUUUUUGGGGACGAAGUGAAGAACUGUACCGCUACUCUAGAGGUUGACAUUACCGACAACGACAAAGUUGUAAAUGUAGUAGUUAAAAAACUGCCGGGAAAUUUGUCCCGAUUCCACUGUGCCCUAAAAGUACCAAUACGUGCAGAACUGUAUAUUAAAAGCGGUGCCAAUGUACGUGUGGAGGGGAUUCAGAGCGAAGCUUUGGAAAUAAAAUCAUUUGGCAAUAUUAACACAAACAACGUUAAAGCUACAAAAGUAGUACUGUUCAGCGAAAAUGGAAAUGUGAUUUGUAAUGGAACGCUGCUGGGCAAGAGCACAGAAAUUAAAACCAACAAUGGUAAUAUCGUGCUGAAUAAGGCACAAGGCGAUAGCUUAAACUGUUCCACCAAGGAUGGUGGUAUUAACACGGAUUGCUGUUAUGUAGAAAAUUCGAAUUUUCAAACUGAAACGGGGCGGCUUGAAUUAAAGAACGUUCACAAGUGCAGUGAAGUUCACGUGCACCGUGCAGGGGAGCUCAAAAUGACUGGAGUGCAUGGCAAUCUCAAAAUAAUUGCAAAAGGUGGUAGCAUGAACUUACAGCUCUCCGAAGUGGUCGGCAGGAGCCAAAUCGUCGCUCAGGACUUGGACAAUGAGGCCGUUAUCAAUAUAUCCGAAAGUAUUGAACAGAACACCAAAGUAGAGGUAAAUGCAUGCGUUGUGAACCUGGACGAUAGCUUGGACCACGUAGCGCAUGCAUUGAGUGAAGAUAAAUCUACAUUUCUACUAAAUAACGUGAACACAGAGCAUGCUCAUUUGCUGAUUAACAGUACUGGCGAUAAAGGAGUACGCAUCGGCAAGCAAUCCUGGGCGGAUAUUUUGCGUCAAAAAAUUAAAGUAACCGACUAAUAAAUAUAUUACGGAUAAAUACUUUUUAUAAUUAUAAUCAUUAGCAAUAUCA